CUAAAAGUUGCUAACAACAACCUACCUAAGUUCGAAAUGGAAUCUAAAGAUGACGAUUAUUGGAAUGAUUCUACUAAUAAAUCGUUUAAUUUCGACGAAGAUGAUGUGGCAGUUCUCGAGAUACCAUCCAACAACAAACGCAGCCUUUUCGGGGAGGACAAUACAUCGGAAGUGAACUACGGUCAUACGCAGGGAGAAAUCCCGUUGCACAUGAUCAUUUCGGACGAACACCUCGAGCUCGUUCUGCAGGAACAAUCAAGAAAUGAAUUCACCAUUCCUAAAGGAAUCUCUUUGGAGGAGGAAGUCAAACUGCUGCGUAAAAAGAUACAGGAGUUCGAUUAUGCUCCACCGACGGAAUCGGUGAUUCGCAAACUCAUACUCGGUAAACCAUGCUCGUUGGAAAUGUUUCGCGCAUUUUCGGAGAAGGAGCAACUGCUUGAUCAAGCUGUUGCCUCUGGCAGUGGCAAUGCAAUCCUCAAAGUGACUCUUUUCCUGGAUCGUACUUUGAAGAAAAAACUAUUCUACAGUAUGCUGCAAACCCGCCCGGAGGCAGUUUAUCAUUAUAUGACCUAUUUGUCACUUCGUUUAAAGGUUACGGAAUGCACGGAUUUACUUGUAUUCCUUGGAAGACACCAUGAAGCAAGUUUGCUGCAGUUUUCCAUAUUCGUUUGUAGUACACUCAAUGUGGAAUUUAAGAAGCAGAGAUUGAAAAAGAUUUAUUGUGACUACUUCUCACAGCCCGGAUCGAACUCAUUCUACGCACAGUUAGUUGCAAAUUACAUAAAUCUAUUGGAAUACCAAACCGGCGAACUUCAUGCUUCAGGUGGAACUAGCAAAGCAAUCGGCAUUCAAGAUAAAUCCGUUCUCGAAACGUUAAAUUAUGUGUGCGGAAAUUAUAAAUGGGGCGACACGUCCUUGCAAACGAACGCCAAUCCAUUCAAGCUGGCCGAAAAUCAUCAGGUAUCACAAGCACAGUUCGAAUGGAUAGCAUUAAACGAGCGGGCAAAACGCCAAGCGUGGCUAGAUUUUGAUCAUAUUUUUGAGAAAAAAGCCUGGCUUAAUCUCAAACAGAAAUCUUUCAAAAUUAACAUUCCCAUUGAUCGAACUAUCUUGCGGUUGUACGCACUGCAUGCACCAGAUCCGGUUCUGAACACGUUCCUUGGCAAAGUUGAGGAUCUACAAAGAAGAUUGGCCUUGGCUCGAAAAGUGCAUUCCAGGCAUGGUAUCAUUGAUGCGUUGGUGAUGCUUAAAGAUCGUGCGGAGUUGGAAGCCUUUCGGGAUACAUUGGAUGCUGGGACGGAGGAGCGACUUUACGCCGAAAAUGCCCUGAAAUCAUUGAAUAACAAGUGGAAAAGUGAUGCCAUGAAAUUAAUAAAGUGAAUUUGAACAUCCAAAGAAGGAGAAACUGUUUCACACUAUUGAUAUGAUA